AACCUUGCUGUGAGAACCUGCUACUGCUUUUCCAUCGAGACAGCAGUUGUGGCGCGCUAGUAGUCUAGCUCUGCGAGAGUUUGAGGCGCUCUGUCUUUCUUUGAAAUACGACUGUUGAACGAAAUUAGGCUACUUCUAUGUCAAAAACGACAUGCUACCUUUAACUUUGAUUAGAUAACAGGAACGACUUUGCAAGUGAAAGUUCAUGGACUCACGGUGAUAUCCUUUGAGGCUUUGACGCUUGAACCACACGUGAAACAGUCGCCUAACAAGAAAGGAGCGCUGACGACCUCCUCUCCAUCUACCCUCUCUCUCUGCGACUCUCCCCCCUCCCUCAAGAUGAGUGCCAAGUCAGCCAUCAACAAGGCGGUGUUCACACCCCACGAUGAGAAGAUGCUUGCAGCCGUGCAGGUGAAGAGGAGGACCAAGAAGAAGAUCCCCUUCCUGGCUACUGGAGGACAGGGAGACUACAUGACCUUCAUCUGCCUCUCAGUGACGAAUAAGAAGCCUUCCCAUGUGUCCAUCACCAAGGUGAAGCAGUUCCCAGGCUCAUCGUCCUUCGCCAAGAGGUCAAUGUGGACCAUCGACCAGCUGAGACAGGUCAACGGCUGUGACCCCAACAAAGACUGUCCAGAGUUUGACUUGGCAUUUGACAAUGCCUUUGACCAGUGGGUGGCUGGCUCGGCCGGCGAAAAGUGCACCUUUAUCCAGAUCCUCCACCACACCUGCCAGCGCUACAGCUCUCAGAGCAAGCCAGAAUUUGUCAACUGUCAGUCCAAACUGCUGGGAGACGAGGAAACUGUAGAUUCAGUCGUUUUCCGUUGCAAGGUCUUUUUGAACAGAAUGAGGAAAGAAGUUGUUUUAAACAGUCGACGCCAAGGUCGGCGGCUACUCUUAGAAGGUAACAGUAUACUCCACUCGGCAGCAGACAGUGUGACCAGCGCUGUACAGAAGGCCAGCCAGGCGCUGAACGAGCGAGGGGAGCGCUUAGGCAGGGCUGAGGAGAAAACAGGGGAGAUGAAGAACAGUGCUGAGCAGUUCUCAGUCACCGCACACAAGCUGGCCAUGAAGCACAAGUGUUAAACCAUUGCUACGCCUUCGGGAGUAGGGGUCCGCCAAGAGCGCCAGAUGCCAUUAAGGACGGAUUUCUGAUUUUAUUCUUACAACUUUUAACAUGAUUACUCUUGUUAACAACGAUAACAUUUACAUUUUGUGUUAUUGUGUAGCUACCUUGUUUCUAAUGAAGAAUAUAUGAUGACGUGGAGGGGGGAGAGCUCAGACAGUUAAGAGCAAAAGUUUCACAGCUAACUCCUCUUUCACUGCCUCCAUUGCCCCCAAAGUACUCCAUGACUUUACCCUGGCAAACCAUGGAAAUGGUCACUGCCAUCCCCAACCUAGACACACACACACACACACACACUGUCCAGAUCUCCCCCCAAAAGGAGCAACUCUUCGACUCCGCUGUCUCUCUCAAAGAAGUAACUUUAUAUAUACAGUGCUGGAAGAGGAGAAUUUAAGAGAUUGGAUGACGUGACACAUUCGUAUCACAUGAUGGCUAUUUCCUGUACUUGGCGACAACAAUGUACAUCCCUGUAUGUGAACAUUAACUUGUUAAAAAAUAUUAGAUCUCUUUUGCCAUUUGACUAUUUGGCAUCAUACUGUUGUAAAGGCUCAUUGGUGCAUUCAUUCAUUGCAGACAUAAUAUUAGCCAAAUGUGUGAAGGACAUGUUGCUUCAAAAAACUCCUGCUGGAAGACUAUAUUUCAACUAAGACGGUAUGAAAUGUGCUGUUUUGCAACAAAAAAAGGUCUGAGUGACCAAGUGUUCAGGUGCAUGGUCUGUCAAAAGGUUGAAUGAAACCUACAGAGUAAAAACGAGCAUUUAGGCUUUACUUUUGGCAACAUUUCAAAGGGUUAUUGAAGCACUUGGUUGUAAGGACAAGAUCCGACUGUUUAUUGUAAGGUGAAAGACUACAGUACCAUUGUAAAUUAGCUUCAACUGUUGUUAACAAGCUUAUAAACCUGUAAAUUCAUUCUACCACAAUCUCUGAAAAUAAUAUUUUCAUUCUAACCCUUUCGAUUCCAAACUUGGUCACAUCUUGUAAUUAUUGGUUAAUUGGGGUUUAUUAAAUGUUUUCUGUAAAACAGCUGACUGACACGUCUUCACUAGCGGCAUUGUACAGUAUUGGUGUCCAUUCACUGACUGUGUAACCGUGGCUUCAUCACAAACAAGUAACCACCCACAGUGUGGGUAUGUUUAUUACUUUUAGAUUUUAGAUUCUAUAUGUCUUGCUGUUACAGUGCACUGACAACCUUACCUUGCAGAGCACUUAAGUUCUUAAUUCAAUUCUCGUUGCCUCAACUUCUAGUCUGCUUUAGUCCUAACAUUUUGGAUAUUCAUUGUUUUUAAUAAAAAUAUUGAAACUAA